AUGGCCCUGGGGCCCUGCCAGCCUGCCUGGUCUCUGUGGGACGGCUCCAGUGGGCUGCCGGCCCCGCUGGGCAGCGAGUUCCCUGCCUGCACCUGCACCAUCUACCGGCCCUGGUUCUCACCCUACAGCUACUUCAUGUGUACCGAUGGAGCCACCCAGCAGCACCCGGGCAGCCUUUCCUCCAGCCUGGCCGCCAACACCCAGGAGCCCGAGGAGCUCGAUGACCUCUCAGAGAUCAUCUGCUCCUCCUCUGGCUCCUCAGACAAGCCCCAGCCCCCCAAGACGGACAGUCCUGCCAGCGGCAGAGCCAGCAUCACAGUGCGGGACAUCCUCGCUGCCUCCCAGCGGCAGCCAGUGCCUCAGUGUGGCUACCAGUGCAUGUCAUGCUGCCGCGUCUUCCCCACGCUGUGGUCGCUCAAGAUCCACAUCCAGCACAGCUCCCAGGAGGGCUACAGCUGCAAGGUGUACUACCGCAGGCUCAAGGCCCUGUGGGAGAAGGAGCACAAGGAGCAGGAGGCUGCAGCCCCUGGGGCACCCGUGUAG